ACUCCACACUUCCUGCUUCCGGGUAGGGAAGGCGGGCUUUUUGGCGAGUGUUGGUGGUGAUGGGCCAUGAGGCUUCCGGGGUGGGUCGCUUUCUCUAAACUCCCUCCCGGAUCACUCGGAGCAUCCACACUUUUCUCCGUGGCUCCCAGAAGCCACCAUAACACACUUACGUCGGUCCAGUGUGCCGCUAAUAGUGCACGUAGCAUGGCCGAAGAGGCGAAGAAGCUCGCCGCCUACGCCGCGGUGGACAACCACGUCCAGAACAACCAGGUGGUCGGAGUGGGCAGUGGCUCCACCAUUGUUUACGCAGUGGACAGACUGGCGGAGAGGGUGCGCCAGGAGAAGCUGAACAUCGUGUGUGUUCCCACCUCCUUCCAGGCCCGCCAGCUGAUUCUGCAGCACGGUUUGGUGCUGUCUGACCUGGACAGACACCCCGAGCUGGAUGUUGCCAUCGAUGGAGCAGACGAAGUAGAUGCAGAUCUGACAUUAAUUAAAGGUGGAGGCGGCUGUUUGACUCAGGAGAAGAUUGUAGCUGGCUGCGCAAAACAUUUCAUCGUCAUCGCGGAUUACAGGAAGGACUCCAAGGCUCUGGGCCAGCAGUGGAAGAAGGGGGUUCCCAUCGAGGUGGUCCCCAUGGCCUAUGUCCCCGUCUCCAGGAGGAUCGUCCAACUCUUUGGAGGGGAAGCCAAUUUAAGAAUGGCUGUCAGUAAAGCUGGUCCCGUGGUGACAGACAACAGCAAUUUCAUUCUGGACUGGAAGUUUGUGGGCGCUCAGAAGUGGAAGGACAUAAACUGUGCCAUCAAGAUGAUUCCAGGGGUUGUGGAGACGGGACUCUUUGUCGGCAUGGCUGAGCGAGCCUACUUUGGAAUGGAGGACGGAAACGUGCUGAUGCGGGAUGCCCCCGUCAACUGAGGAGUUGGACCCGGCGUGCCCUCCUUGGAAGUAGACACAUCUCAUGAUUUUACUCACCAUGCAAGUGUGUCUUAUUGGUAUUUUCCACUUGAUGUGGAAAGUUGUGAGUUAUUAUUGCCAGAAUGCUUGCAAAGCAGCCUUGACCCGAGCUGCUGUUUGUGUUCAGAAUGAAACAAACACACAAUCGUGUUAUUUCUUGUGCUAAGUAGAAACGAUAUGGAUGGAAAACAGAUCGUUUUUGUCUGUAAUAGAAUCAAGGUUGUAGUAAUAAGGAAUCAAUAUAGUACUAUCUAUCUAAUUCACAGGAUGAAGUAAGUAACUUCCUGUGUUCUUACACAUGCCUCCCUCCAUUAGUGCCUGUCAAGUCCACAUGUUUACAUGCUAUUUUCAAAGAAGCGACUACAUCACUUUGUCUUUCCGGUGGAUAUUUUGGAGGUGUUUUGACUUGAUUGUUGCAUGACUGUUGUAUAUCUUAAAGCACUGUACAAUGGGACGGCGUGGCGAAGUUGGUAGAGUGGCUGUGCCAGCAAUCGGAGUGUUGCUGGUUACUGGGGUUCAAUUCCCACCUUCUACCUUCCUAGUCACGUCUGUUGUGUCCUUGGGCAAGACACUUCACCCUUUGCCUCUGAUGGUUGCUGGUUAGCGCCUUGCAUGGGUAAAUGUGGAAAUACUGUCAAAGCGCUUUGAGUACCUUGAAGGUAGAAAAGCGCUAUACAAGUAUAACCCAUUUAUUUAUUUAUAACAAUGCAGUCUGCAAGGUGUUUCAGAUAUGUCCCUCUUUGCAUCCAUGCCAUGUUUUGCACCAGCAUUUGAAUUAAUUCAUUCUUAAACAAAGUGACUGAUUGAUGGGUACACUUGUUUUUUUUUGCUUUUGAAACAAAACAAGACCAAAACAAUGCACGUGCCUCUGUUUCAAUUCAAUGCUGUUUGUUCCAUUUAUCUUGAAAAUAAACAAAUCAGUGUUGC